UGCUCAGUAUAAUAAAAGCAUAUUGAGAGUUACUUUUGCUUUUUACGAUUGCAAAAAGAAAAAUGAAAAUCGGUUUAGAAUUCAUGACGUGAUUGUGUUACAUACUCAGUGCAAAAAAAAAUUCAAACAAAGUGUAUCCGCUUUUUGGAAGUUACAUAAAUAUAGGGCGAAUAUUUAAAAUUCGGCUGCUAGAUCUUUCGUUUCUGACUUCAUUGAACAUUGUCCUUACGUGAAAAAUAAAUGUCGUGCUAAAUAUAUAAACAGAUUAAUCGACUUACUUGUAUGGGCUUGACGUUUCCUUGGAAAAUAAUAUAUUAUACGUAAAAAAAAAUGCCAGCAUUUUACAUAUUUGUUGUGCUAAUUCUAAUAAGUAGUGUGUCGACGGUACAACGGUCACAAGUUGAUGAAGGUUAUUCUAUGGGAUUUUACUCUAACUGUCCUGGUUCAACGAAACCAGCAAUAAUUUCAAAGGAGAGUUUGAAUUAUCUCGGCAUAAAGGUCAUAGGAGCUAAAGCGACCCCGGCGUCGCCCAGAAGGACAUACUCUUACUAUCAAAUGAAGGAUUUGGCUAGAGAUUCUACGAUGAACUAUGGUCGAAAGACUGUGUUGUUCGUCUCUGGAUAUAUGGACAAUCCAAACUUUCCUUUCGCAAGGAUUGUGGAAACCAGUUAUAGAAAUUUAGGUUACAACGUCUGGUUGCUGAAUAUGUACAAAUUCGUUACCAUGGAUUACGCAGUGGUCGCUCGUGUAGCACCAGAAGUCGGAAAACAUGUCGCGGAAAUGUUGUACAACUUGUCUCGUCAAGAUGUUGGGUUCGACCCUAAGAAAUUAGAAAUACUGGGCUUGAGUCUUGGAGGGCAGACCAUGAGUUUCAUUGCCAAGUCUUAUUAUGCAUUAGCAGGCGUUAAAAUCGGCAGACUCACCGCAUUAGACCCAAUGGGACCUUGCUUUAGGAAUUUAGGCCCAGAAAACAGGUUGGACAAGAGUGAUGCUGAUUUUGUAGAAUUAGUGGGCACUAAUAUAGAUGGUUAUGGGGUUGCAGAACCUUUGGCUCAUGUGAAUUUCUACGUUAACGGCGGAGAACAUCAAGCUCAUGAUGUUUUAUUUAUGCCCUGCGAAAUGCUCUGUAGUCAUUUAAGAUCAUUCACUUUAUGAUAUUCAGCGUUGCAGAAUCCAAAUUCUUUUAUAGCAAUGGAGUGUGAGUCUGUGCAACAGGCCAGAGACAAGAAUUGCUAUGGACGAAAACCACUAGUUACAAAUGUUUUGGGUCCCAACGUCGACAAGACGAAGCAUGGCGUAUUUUAUCUGGCAACAACCCAUAGUUUUCCAUACCAUAUGGGUGUGAAAGGAUUGAAAAAGAAAUAUGAACCAAUUUACAACGACGUUAAAGCUAUAAAUCCAGAUGGUUUAGUAAUAUUAUAAUAUUCUUGUAGGUACUUAAUAAAUAUUUAUACAAAAAUUUUACUGUAAAACCCAUUACAAGUAAAUGUCUAGUUUUAAUGAUCCAUUAUAAAUUUACCAACAUUUAUGGAAAAAUGAAAAUUAUGUCAACUUGUAUUAAACCUGUUGGUUGGAACCUUUAAAAUUGUUACUUUUACUUUUACGAAUAUUAUUAGAAUUUGGCAGAUAUUAUAUUAGUAUUCCCUCACCAGAGGGAUUUAUUUUUUUAAUUUAUUUAUUUAAUUUUAAUUUACUUUCCUUUGUACCAGAUAGAUGAUAUCACAGGGAGACUUUGUACAAAAGUCGUUUGCUUGGGCACCUCUGUCCUAUUCGUGUCUACCGUAAGCAGUUGUUUGCAUGGCUGUGUUUCAGUUUGAAGGGUGGGAUAUGGCAGUGAAUUUACAGGGUACAGAGGAAUAACACCUGAGUCCUCAGGAAUGGCAACGCAUGGCGGGUAUCAUGGGUGAAAUAGUAUACUCUGUUAUGUUCAUAGUACUGCUCAUGUCUAUAGGCGACGGUUAACACUUUCUAUCAAAUGGGCCGUCAGCUUGUUUGCUAUUCUAAGUAGUAUAAAAAAAAAGAUAUAUUAUUAGUAUAUUUUGGUUUUAUAAAUGUAACACUGUAAUAUAAUAAGCAACUGUCGAUUGCUUUACAUUACAACGAACUAUAUAAAAAAUAUACCUCCACGGUAUACUCCUAACAAUUUAUCAGUUUUUUUUAACCGACGUCUUAUAAUUACUGCUGUUUCUAAUAAAUGAUUUAUUCCUAAAUGCACUUUUUUAUCAAUAUUGUAUUUGUAAUUUUUAAAACUAAAUGUAGA